GCGGCGGGGCCGCCCGGCCCGCUUCCCUCCCCAAACCGGCCCAAUGCCCUUCUUUCCUCGCGGGGACCACGCCCCCGAGGCUGCCCCAUGGGCCACAAACAGCCCAGGCGUCUGCCAGCCACCUUCCUGUAGCGACGACGACGGCCGGGCGGGUGCUGCUCCCCAUUUCCUGGGAGGGAAGGCUCUCUUGGAAGAGCUGGAAAGGUGCCCGACUCCUGCCAUGCUGACGCUGCUCUGUGCUUACCUGCUCCUGGCGCCUGGCGCCUCCGACGCCUUGACCCACGUGGACCUGGAGCGGCCCGGCUCCCACAUGGAGGAGCAGAUCCGGGACAUGCAGGCCAAAGUGACGGAGAUCUGGCAGGAGUUGACGCAGCAGCGGGCGGCGGGCGGCCAGGCCGCGCUCCACGCCACCUGCUCGAUGCAGCCUUCGAUCUUGCUGGACGCGACGCAGCCCCAGGUGAGCGGCCUCGUGCUCUUCCGGCAGCUCCGGCCCGGCGCCCUGCUCGACGCCUACUUCCACCUGGAGGGCUUCCCGGCCGAGCCCAACAGCACCAGCCGCGCCAUCCACGUGCACCAGUUCGGGGACCUGAGCCAGGGCUGCGACUCCACAGGGCCGCACUACAACCCGCUGGAGGUGCCACAUCCGCAGCACCCGGGAGACUUCGGCAACUUCGCCGUGCGCGACGGCCAGAUCUGGAAGUACCGCUCCGGCCUGGGCGCCUCGCUCUUCGGCCCGCACUCGAUCGCGGGCCGCGCGGUGGUGGUCCACGCGGGCGAGGACGACCUGGGCCGCGGCGGCAACCAGGCCAGCCUGGAGAACGGCAACGCCGGCCGCCGCCUGGCCUGCUGCGUGGUGGCCCUGUGCGGCCCCGGGCCCUGGGCGCACCAGGCGCAGGAGCACGCCGAGCACAGGAAGCGGCGGCGCGCAAGCGAGUGCAAGGCCAGCUGAGCGCCCCGCCCUGGUGGCCCGAGAGAGCUCCCUCCACGCCCGGACCCCUUCCACAAGCCCUGGGAUCCCCUCCAGCCCCUGAACCCCGUCCAAAUGCCCAAGAUGCCCUCUGUGUGACCCCAACUCCCCUCUACACACCCCAGGGUCCCCGUGCUCCUUGACACCCCUUCAAGAACCCGGGACGCCUCUACACCGUGACACCUCUCCAAGUGCCCGAGAUCCCCUUCAUGUGAUCCCAGUCCCCCGCCACUCCCCCCGCCCCCGAUUUUUCUCCGCCUGCUCCCAGACACACUCUCCGCUUCUGCCGGCUGAGAGCUCCUGGAAAAUCCUCACCACCCUGAGUCUCUAGCCCUGCCCACUGAGGCAUCCUCUUUCAUCCUGAGGGCACCGUGUGCUCUGAGGACCCCUGGGAGAUACUGAAAUACCCCCAUUUACCCUGAAGGUCUUCCAGAAUCUCAGAGGUCCCCUUCAACCCUGACACCCCCCAUCCUCACCGCCCCCAGCCCCGAGAUCCCUCCAUGUCCUAAACACCUCGCUACCCCCUCCCUCUUUAGGUUCCUCCUAGGCACCCUGAGACCCUGCCUGAGUUUGCCCAGCACCCUCCACCCCCAAGCAUUUGCACCUGCACUCAGGCGCCCCUGGCCGGUGUGUCUCCAGCUGCCCCACCCCCACCCCGGCUGCUCCCUUGGGGGCUGUUUGGCAAUGUUUUGUUGCACAUUAAAAACUCAGCAAUUCAGUACUGCA